AUACUCUUUGAUAUUUUAUCUGUGCUGUGGUGUGCUAUCCAUUUCCAAUAUUAUUGCGAUUGUAAUUUUAUUAAAAUUAAAAUGUUCAAUUUUCGUAAAGUUACGACAAAUAUAACGUAGUCUCUAAAUUCUAAAAAUUUACGAAUUAAUAUUAUGAGAAUCAAUUACAUACAAGGCGAUGAUUAUUUAACCUGUUUUUAACGCAUGCAUUCGUAAAUAUUUGAGUAAAAUCUUAAUUUUUAACCAUGGCAGAUAAAAUAAGGUAUGUAUAUUGAUUUUUCUGUAUUCUUAUGUUUACAGCUUCUAUGAAUCCACAGCUGACUGAAUUGCAGGCAUUUUCAAAAUAUUGAAUCUUAUAUACUCACGACGCAUGCUGCCACACGGGUCCGUAAGUGUCGAGAACACUCACGUACUGGUGAUUCCUAAAUUCAGUUAUUUAGUUCUCUUUGUAUUUUUAAAUAGAUUUGCUGCAGUUUGACGCCGACCUAAACUCACUGUAUAGCUUGAUGGUUAGAGCACAUAAACAGCAGUGCACAAAUCCUGGUUUUUAAUUGAACUGAUGUUAAAAUUUCCACUAAAGCAUAUUUUUGAGUUUUAGCCUUGAUGAGUUGUAAUACAUCAUGCCCUUGUCUUUGACACUCAUAUUGCUAGCUUAUAUAUUGUGUGCAGAUGUUGUCUUACUUAUACGGAAGGUUUUGUUUUAAAACUGCAAUAAAAACUUCAAUGCAAUAUGUUGCUGAGGAAAAAAAUCAAUGUGUACUUUCUAUUUAAAAAAAAAAAUGUUUGUUAAAUAUUGAUAAUUUUAUAGAUAAAUUAUUCAAUAAUUCAAUAAAGUAAACAUUUACUAUUAUAUUCCACAUGGAUAUAAAAAGUACAAGUCAGGGAGACAACAACAAACACAUGUCAUUGUUACUAGUGAUGGUUAAAUAGGAUGUCGCAUUCCUAAUAAAAAGGGAUUCCGGUACUCAUCACUCACCAUACAGAAUACAACAUUAUUCUGCUUAUAACAUGUAUGGUUGUAGCUCUAUCAUGUAAAAUAUUGUUAUAUUUUAUUUAUGUUUCAGAGUUAAUACAAAGUUUGAUCUUCAGGGAGAUUAUGAGCCAUCAGAUUCUGAAAAUGAAUACUCAGCAAAAGAAAAGAAACUUAUGGAUAGGUUACGAAAAAGGAAACAUGAUGAAUCAGGAAGUGAAGAAGAAAUUUAUGCAUUUUCAGAGUCAGAAGAGGAAGAUAAUAAUAAAAAUGAUUUAGGUAUAGCAGAUAGUGAUGUCGAGGGUCAAGAAAAUUCUGAUGAUGACUUACCUGAUGCAAAAGCAUGGGGUAAAAAGAAAAGAUCUUAUUAUUCUACUGAUUAUGUGGAUGAAGAUUAUGGUGGUUUUGGUGAUGAUGAAGAAGAUGCUUUAAUGGAAGAGCAGGAAGCGAAGAAUAUCCAGAAAAGACUAAUUGAACAACUUGGAGAAGAAGAUUUCUCAAUGGAAUUUUUUAAUUCACAGAUUACUGUAAGUGAUAUAAAGGAAACAGUAGUAAAAAGUGAUUUAAGUCAAAUGUCAAAAAAGCAAAAACUGCAAAUACUCGAAAAGGAAAGUCCAGAGUUUGCUGGUCUUAUUGAUGAUUUUAAAACUAAAUUAACUGUCGCAAAAGAUGAUUUGCAUCCUGUUUUAGAACUCGUUAAAGGGGGGAAAUUCCCUAAAUGUCCAGCAUCUAAAUUUAUAAAAACUAAUUAUGAUCUUAUUUUAAACUAUUGCACUAAUAUCAGUUUUUACUUGCUUCUAAAGAGUCAAAGAAUAAAUAUUCAGAAUCAUCCUGUCAUUAAAAGACUAUAUCAGUAUAGACAAAUGCUUAAUAAAAUGGAACCUAUUUAUUUAGAGGUGAUAAAACCUCAAAUAGAGAAAAUAUUACUGGCAGUUAAAAAUAAUUUAGAGCUUACUGUGAAAGACAAAAAUAAAGAAGGCAAGAAACGGAAAACGGACAGGCAGUCAUCUGAACAUGUACCUAAGAAACUUAAACUGAUAAAUGCAUUAGAAAAGGAUGAUGGUGAAGACACUGGUGUAUCAGAUGAUGAUGACACUGCAGAGGAUCAACAAACUGACGAGUUCUUAAAACCAUAUUCUUCCAAAAGUGUGCAAAGAAAUAUUAAUGAGUCAGAGGAGAGUGGCUUUUCAGACAAUGAUGUAGUAGAAAAUGAUGAUAACAAACCAUCUACUUCCUCUACAGAGGCCAUUACUGAUGACCUUGGAGAAAAACGUGAAAUAACAUACCAAAUUGCUAAAAACAAAGGCCUUACACCCCAUAGAAAGAAGGAACAAAGAAACCCAAGAGUAAAACAUAAACUAAAGUAUCGUAAAGCAAAGAUCAGGAGGAAGGGUGCAAUUCGAGAACCACGAUCAGAAAUAUCAAGGUAUGGUGGUGAACCAUCAGGAAUAAAAGCAAAUGUUAAAAAGAGUAUAAAAAUUAAGUAGCAGUAAACACAUGAAUUAAUUUAUAAUAAUGAAAACACAUUAUGUAAUAAAUUGAUUUAUUUCAAAAAUAAACUGUUUAAUG